CCGGCGUGAGCUGGGCGAGCGCGGCGCGGAGCCGCAGAGCCGCCGCGCGGGCCGGGCGCACCGGGGCUCGGCCAACAGACGGCGGCCGCUCGCAGCGGCGCGAGGCUGCGGGAGCGCCCGAGUCGCGACCGCGCGGGGGACGCGAGAGCGGCGCGUGCGGCGAAGCGGACGCGGGCGGCGGCGGCGGCGGGCGGGCCUUGAGGGCGCAGCGCGGCCGCGCGGCGCGACCCGAGACGGCGGCGGGCCCCCGCCGCACCGCGAGCCGCGAGCCCCCCGGCGCCGGCGGCCCGCGCCCGCCCUCCGCGGCCCCUCCCUCCCGCCGCGGCGCAACAUGGCUGCGGCCGCCGCCUCCGCCUCCCAGGACGAGCUGAAUCAGCUUGAACGGGUUUUUUUACGACUUGGCCAUGCUGAAACAGAUGAACAAUUACAGAACAUUAUAUCUAAAUUCCUUCCUCCUGUUUUGCUCAAACUGUCCAGCACCCAAGAAGGAGUACGCAAAAAGGUAAUGGAACUGUUGGUCCACCUGAACAAGCGUAUAAAAAGCCGCCCCAAAAUACAGCUCCCGAUCGAGACGCUGCUGGUUCAGUACCAGGACCCCGCCGCGGUUUCCUUCGUUACAAACUUCACUAUAAUUUAUGUUAAGAUGGGCUACCCUCGCCUGCCGGUGGACAAACAGUGUGAACUGGCACCCACGCUUCUCACUGCCAUGGAAGGGAAGCCUCAGCCACAGCAGGACAGCUUAAUGCAUCUUUUAAUACCAACCCUUUUUCACAUGAAAUACCCUGUUGAAUCAUCAAAAUCAGCUUCUCCAUUCAAUCUUGCUGAGAAACCAAAGACCGUGCAGCUGCUUUUGGACUUCAUGCUGGAUGUCCUUCUGAUGCCUUACGGAUAUGUAUUAAAUGAAUCCCAGAGUCGCCAAAAUUCAUCCUCAGCACAGGGUUCUUCUUCAAACAGUGGGGGAGGUUCUGGAAUCCCACAGCCUCCCCCAGGAAUGAGCUUCCACGCAGCGAAGCGAGUUAUUGGUGAUAACCCCUGGACCCCGGAGCAGCUGGAGCAGUGCAAACUGGGCAUAGUUAAAUUCAUAGAAGCUGAGCAGGUGCCUGAACUCGAAGCGGUCCUCCACCUGGUGAUUGCUUCUAGUGACACGCGCCACAGCGUGGCCACGGCCGCGGACCUGGAAUUGAAGAGCAAGCAAAGCUUGAUCGACUGGAACAACCCCGCCAUCAUUAAUAAGAUGUACAAGGUCUACCUUGGAGAUAUUCCACUGAAGACGAAAGAGGGAGCAGUUCUGAAGCCAGAGCUGAAAAGAGACCCCGUCAGCACCAGAGUCAAGUUAAAGAUUGUGCCCCACCUUCUUCGUUCUAGGCAGGCGGCCGAAACGUUCCCGGCUAACAUUCAGGUGGUGUACGAUGGACUUUUUGGUACAAACACGAAUUCAAAAUUAAGAACGUUAUCCCUGCAAUUUGUGCACCACAUUUGUAUAACUUGUCCAGAAAUCAAGAUUAAGCCAUUAGGUCCAAUGCUUUUGAAUGGUCUCACCAAGCUAAUCAAUGAAUAUAAAGAAGACCCUAAGCUACUGUCAAUGGCAUAUUCAGCUGUUGGAAAACUCUCCAGCCGAAUGCCCCAUCUGUUCACGAAGGACAUAGCGCUCGUGCAGCAGCUUUUUGAAGCCCUGUGUAAGGAAGAGCCUGAGACUCGACUUGCUAUUCAAGAAGCAUUAUCGAUGAUGGUUGGCGCUUACAGUAGUUUGGAAGGAGCACAGCGCACCCUCAUGGAGGCGCUUGUGGCUUCGUACCUGAUAAAGCCUGAAGUUCAAGUUCGACAAGUGGCUGUGAAAUUUGCCAGCACAGUGUUUCCCUCAGAUCAUAUACCUUCCAGAUACCUGCUCCUACUAGCUGCAGGAGACCCACGGGAAGAAGUUCACGGAGAAGCACAACGAGUAUUAAGGUGUCUUCCGGGUAAAAACAGAAAAGAAAGUGCUUCUAAGCAGAUGCCUUCAUUCCCAGAAAUGGUGUAUUAUAUUCAAGAAAAGGCUUCUCAUCGAAUGAAAACUCCAGCCAAGUACAUGACAGGGACCACGGUCCUUCCGUUUAACCCGGCGGCCUUCGGAGAGAUAGUUCUGUACUUACGAAUGUGCCUAGCUCACAGUGCAGGAGUGGUGCCCACCUCUCAGAGUUUGGCGGAUAUGCAAGAUCACGCCCCCGCCAUAGGACGCUAUAUAAGGACUUUAAUGACAGGCAACCAGACAGCAUCCUCGUCAUCUUCCAAGAGCGGAGAAACCAACCCUGUUCAGAUCUACAUCGGCCUGCUGCAGCAGCUGUUAGCAGGUGUAGGAGGCUUGCCAGUCAUGUACUGUCUCUUGGAAGCUGUCUCAGUGUAUCCAGAGAAGCUGGCUGUCAAAUUCGUGGACAAGACAGAAUGGAUCAAAAGUCUGAUGAAUAGCAGCAAAGAAGAGAUGCGGGAACUCGCGGCGUUGUUUUACUCUGUGGUGGUGUCCACGGUGUCGGGAAAUGAGUUGAAGUCAAUGAUAGAGCAGCUUAUAAAGACUGCAAAAGAUAAUCAUAGCCCAGAGAUACAGCACGGAUCCUUGCUUGCGUUGGGAUUCACAGUAGGAAGAUACUUGACUAAAAAGAAGACGAGAAUGGCAGAGCAAGGAGACCUGGAGACGAGUGCCGACCACCUGCCUGAGCAGGAGGAACUCAUUCAGAGCGCCACGGAAACAAUAGGGUCAUUUUUGGACAGUACUUCGCCCCUCCUGGCGAUCGCUGCUUGCACGGCCCUGGGUGAAGUUGGCAGAAACGGUCCUCUCCCAAUCCCCAGUGAGGGAUCUGGCUUUACCAAGUUACAUCUGGUGGAAAGCUUGCUGAAUAGAAUACCCUCCAGUAAAGAAACAAAUAAGAUGAAAGAACGAGCAAUCCAAACACUGGGGUAUUUUCCGGUUGGGGAUGGAGAUUUUCCUCACCAGAAACUCCUCUUGCAAGGUCUGAUGGAUUCUGUGGAGGCCAAGCAGAUAGAACUUCAGUUCACUAUUGGCGAAGCCAUUACCAGCGCUGCCGUGGGGACCAGCUCGGUGGCCGCCCGGGACGCGUGGCUCGUGACCGAAGAAGAGUACACGCCUCCUGCAGGAGUCAAAGCGAAUGAUAUGGUCCCGUGGACGCUGGAUGUGAUUUUAAAUAAACAUAUCAUCAGCCCCAAUCCGCACGUGAGGCAGGCCGCCUGCGUCUGGCUCCUCUCCCUCGUGAGGAAGCUCAGCGCCCACAGAGAGGUGAAGUCUCAUCUUAAAGAAAUUCAGAGCGCGUUUGUGUCCGUUUUGUCAGAAAAUGAUGAACUUAGCCAAGAUGUUGCUUCAAAAGGCCUUGGGUUGGUGUAUGAACUGGGCAAUGAGCAAGACCAACAGGAAUUGGUUUCGACCCUCGUAGAAACCCUUAUGACUGGUAAAAGAACUAAACAUGAAGUUUCCGGAGAGACAGUGGUAUUUCAAGGGGGAGGUCUUGGCAAAACACCUGAUGGCCAGGGCCUCUCUACUUACAAGGAGCUUUGUUCUCUGGCCAGUGAUCUCAGUCAGCCAGACCUGGUGUAUAAAUUUAUGAAUUUAGCCAACCAUCAUGCAAUGUGGAACUCCAGGAAGGGUGCUGCUUUCGGUUUCAAUGUCAUUGCUGCCAGAGCCGGAGAACAGCUGGCUCCUUUUUUGCCUCAGCUCGUUCCUCGUCUCUAUCGUUAUCAGUUUGACCCCAACCUUGGCAUUAGACAGGCCAUGACAAGUAUUUGGAACGCGCUGGUCACUGACAAAUCAACGGUGGAUAAAUAUUUAAAGGAAAUUCUUCAAGAUUUGAUAAAGAAUCUUACCAGUAAUAUGUGGCGAGUUCGAGAAUCCAGCUGUUUAGCUCUGAAUGAUUUAUUGAGAGGACGACCCCUAGAUGACAUCAUUGAUACACUUCCAGAAAUCUGGGAAACUCUUUUUAGAGUACAAGACGAUAUAAAGGAGUCUGUACGAAAAGCAGCAGAACUAGCUCUGAAAACUCUGAGCAAGGUUUGUGUGAAAAUGUGUGACCCUGCCAAAGGAGCAGCUGGCCAGAGAACCGUCGCUGCCCUUCUGCCUUGCCUUCUGGACAAAGGAAUGAUGAGUCCUGUGACAGAAGUUCGAUCCCUCAGCAUCAACACCCUGGUGAAGAUCAGCAAAAGUGCGGGAGCCAUGUUGAAACCACAUGCACCGAAACUCAUCCCGGCUCUGCUGGAGUCCUUAAGUGUAUUGGAACCCCAAGUUCUCAAUUACUUGAGUCUCCGUGCUACAGAGCAGGAAAAGGCUGCGAUGGACAGUGCCCGGCUCAGCGCUGCCAGGUCCUCCCCCAUGAUGGAGACGAUCAACAUGUGCCUGCAAUAUCUUGAUGUGUCAGUGCUCGGUGAGCUGGUUCCUAGAUUAUGUGAACUAAUCAGAAGUGGUGUAGGUCUUGGAACCAAGGGAGGCUGUGCCAGUGUCAUUGUGUCAUUAACUACUCAGUGUCCCCAGGACCUAACACCUUACUCAGGUAAACUCAUGAGUGCUUUGCUCAGCGGCCUGGCAGAUCGGAACAGUGUGAUUCAGAAAUCCUGUGCUUUCGCAAUGGGCCACUUAGUUCGGACCUCACGGGAUAGCAGCACUGAGAAACUCUUGCAGAAGCUCAAUGGCUGGUAUAUGGAGAAAGAUGAACCCAUCUACAAGACCUCAUGUGCUCUGACUGUCCACGCUAUUGGGCGGUACAGCCCCGACGUGUUGAAGAACCACGCCAAAGAAGUGCUGCCGCUGGCAUUUCUCGGCAUGCACGAGGUCGCGGACGAGGAGAAAUCAGAAAAGGAGGACUGUAACCUGUGGACCGAGGUGUGGCAGGAGAACGUGCCUGGUUCCUUUGGUGGCAUCCGGCUAUACCUGCAGGAGUUGAUUACUAUUACCCAGAAGGCUUUACAGUCUCAGUCCUGGAAAAUGAAAGCCCAGGGUGCAGUUGCCAUGGCAUCUAUUGCAAAACAAACCAGCUCCCUGGUACCUCCAUAUCUGGGAAUGAUACUGACCGCGUUACUGCAAGGCCUCGCUGGAAGAACGUGGGCAGGGAAGGAAGAACUGUUGAAAGCCAUUGCCUGUGUGGUGACAGCUUGCAGUGCAGAGCUGGAAAAGCCGGUGCCCAAUCAGCCCAGCACGAGUGAAAUUGUCCAAGCCGUCCUGAAGGAGUGUUGCAAAGAGAAUCCCAAAUACAAGAUCGUGGCCAUCAGCUCUGCCGCGGACGUCUUGAAGGCCACCAAAGAGGACAGGUUCCGGGAGUUUUCUGACAUUGUCAUACCUCUCAUCAAGAAGAAUUCACUGGAAAGCAUCGGAGUCCGGACAACCAAAAGCGAAGAUGAGAACGAGAAGGAGAAGGAGCUCCAGCUGGAGUCCCUGCUGGCGGCCUUCGAGGGCCUGGGCAAAGCCUGGCCUCGGAGCGCGGAGACGCAACGUUGUUACCGUCAGGAACUGUGCAGGUUGAUGUGUGAACGGCUGAAACUCAGCACGUGGAAAGUGCAGCUGGGAGUCCUCCAGUCAAUGAACGCCUUUUUUCAGGGGUUAAUGCUUUUGGAAGAAGAACAUGCGGAUCCUGAGGCUUUGGCUGAAAUUCUCCUUGAAACUUGUAAAUCAAUCACAUAUUCUUUAGAAAAUAAGACCUACUCAUCUGUGAGAACAGAAGCUUUAUCUGUGAUAGAAUUACUGCUUAAAAAACUUGAAGAAUCUAAACAAUGGGAAAGUUUGACAUCCGAAUGCAGAGUACUCCUGAUUGAGUCUUUAGCGACUAUGGAGACAGACAGCAGACCUGAACUACAGGAGAAAGCAUCACUGCUGAAGAAAACACUUGAAAAUCUGGAGUAAAUUAGAAGGGGAAGAAGCAAACAAGUGCCAUGUUUAUUGGGGUUGAGAUGGUGGUGUUCUUUGGAAAACCAAGGGGGAAAAGUAAAGAUUAAUCUGUAGCAUGCAUCAUUCCUUGGCUGAAAUAAUAAAAAAAAAUGCCUUAAA